AUUAGUCUUGUCUUGCUGUUCAAUAAAAAAAAUUCUUAGCAGUUUAAAAAUUAAACUCUCCAGAAGUAGAUAGUGCAGGAAGUUUAUGCAAUUUUAAGAAUUUACUGUAAAAACCAUAAAUUACCUAUAGAGGAGAAUAUCAUGUCAACGUUAAUACUAAAGUGUAUUGAUAAAGUAAUUCAUCUAUAAAUACAAUUACUGUUUUCUUAUUGUACUUCAGAAAAUAUGUUUAACUCACUGUCGAAGUUCCAAGGAUCCAAAAACAAAAAGAAAGGAAAUAUAUGGCAGCUAUUUCGAGCCACGGAUUUUGAAUCGUUGAUGUAUCCUUCUUUCACUAUUUGCCGUAUUCUGGCUCUGUUUCCAUAUCAGAUCAAUGGUUUAAACAUCAAAAUUUUCAAGCCAUUUUAUGUUUUAUCUACCAUUAUUACCUGCGUCAAUUGUGUUUGCACACUAAUCAUUUUCUAUAUACUCAAUUUUUCUAAGGAUGACGAAAGUUAUUAUACAAACUUACCCAUAUCCAGGCAAUUGAAAGAAAACUGCUAUCUUAUUUGCGGUUGUCUCACGGCAGUUGCCACGUUCAUUUUAAGUAAACCACGAAUGCAUUUAUUUCAAACCAUAAUGCAACUGUCUUCAAAAUUAUCUUCGGAGACAUAUCAAAAUUUAUCUAGACUAAUCCAUGCCAAGGACAUUUCUUUUCUAGUCUGUUUAUUUGUGGAAGUGUUGAUAUUUUUAUAUCACGUAGGCGAUUUACUAACGACAUUCUUAGUAUACAAUACCAUGAUAGUGUUUCACAUGGAUUUGUUAUACACGAAUUGUGUUUUUGUAUUAGACGCUUGUUUCAAGCAAGUCAACGAUAAUUUGAUGAAUCUAGUAGCGCCAGUGACUAAUGAUGAAUCACAUAAUCUUAGAAGAACCUACUAUAAUGAAAGAAAUCCAUUGAUGGAGCUUAAGGCAUUGAAGAAGCAACAUUUAGCGAUCAGCAACACAGUGCGAAAGCUAAAUAUGAUUUUCAGUUUGCAACUUCUUGUUACCACUAUUAGGACUUUUUCUGAAAUCACUUUUCUAUUGUUCUUCUUUGUAAUGCGUUGGAAAAUUGGCAUGACAGUAAACAAUGUAAACGAACAUAUUUACAAUAUGUUUUUGAUAUUGGCUAUGACAUGUUCUGCUAUAAAAACGGGAUUGGUAAUAUGGUCUUGUGAAACUGGCAAGAAUCAAGCUGCAGAUAUCAAAACUACUAUUCACAGCGUGCUAAACAGCACCAGAGAUAUUCAAAUAAAACGUGAGCUGCAGUUAUUUUCUUUGCAAUUAAUGCAUCAUAAAAAUGUGUUUUCUACAAAAUGGUUUAAUAUAGACGUAACACUUCUUACUGCUGUAAGUGAUCGAACAUUUGCUUUUAGUUUAUGCAUGUAAAAAUACUUAACCUCAAUUUUCUGAUCUUGUUUUUAAGAUGGUGGGCGCCAUUACCAAGCACUUAGUAAUUUUGAUACAAUUCUUGUUCGUAUCUUGCAAUGGGUAACCUACAAUCCAGAUGUAAAUUAAUUCGUAAGAAGAUGCCUGAACAAAUAAAAGAAAAAAAUAUUUAAAAUAUUUAAAAUAUAAAAUAUUUCUAUUUUUAUCAAUGUAAGUAAGAAUAUUCCCAUAAAUAGUUUGCAUACUUUUUUUCACUCUGUGUAUCCUACAUAAAGAAAUCAGGAACCUAUAGCGACAGUAGACUUUACGAUUACCCUUAUUACUUGAUUACUACCCUUAUUCUAACGAUUUCUUAUAAACUUAUUCAUAAUUUAUAAUUGAUUAAUAUUAUAUUUUUGCAGCAAAAACAAGAAUAUUACGUCUGCAUUAAUUUCUUCCACUUAACGUUGAGGAAUAAAAUAAUAAAAAUAUAAAUAGCAUUUAAUUUAAUUAAAGCAUUAUAUUUAAAAGAAAAUACAUGGCAAAUAAUAGUCCCAGACACCACGCACUUUCAAAAUCAAGACACAAGGUGUAGUAACAAUCUUUUCAGAUAUCAUAUGUUCCGAUUUCAAACAAAUUUAAACAUCAAUUAGCAGGUGCAUUGCUAAUUAGCGUAGUAAAUUUGAAAGAAGACG